ACAUAUUCCCUCGUUUUCACGUCGGAUAUGUACAAUACCAUGUUCAGAGAGGAUCCGCUGGACCCCGAGAAGGGCAGGAGAUACAGAGAAAAAGUGCUGCCUGGUUCGACGAAGGAUGAGGAGGAUCUGCAUGCUGACUUCUUGGGUCGGCCUGCGAACGCUGAGGCAUUCUCGCAGGAGCUGUUUAGUCAGCCAGUCUGACUCAACUGUUGCGGUAUAAAGCCAUGGGCAUCUUGAUCUUAUAGACCCACCUUGCCGAUAGCAUCCGCAUCCUCAGGAUUCGCGUACCCUCGAACUGUAAGGCAGUGAACAUGCGGCGGUUCCG